UUAAACUUCAAUGGCUCGAACUCGGAUCUUUCGAACACCCGGGAUCGCUCGAACUCUUUGCCCGGUCCCGAAUUUAUUCCUUCUUUAUUCUAUAUAGUUCUACCUCGGAUCGCUCGAACUUCGAAAACUCGAACUCUCGAACUCAUUUGGUGGUCCCCUCGGCACAAUUACAGUGAUAAUUACACCUAUUCAGUCGAACAGACAAUUUGUCGCCGGAAUGGCUUGUGUUUACAAAGUUUUUCACACCUCUGCCUGACAUUCGCCAAGCUUCCCCUUUAACCGGCGCGUGCGUAAUUUUCGCACGCUUAUGUAAUUAGCGUCGGUAUACGACAAACAAAUUAAACAAAGUGACUUUCGCUCACUGCAAUGCUUUAAUGAGCUUUGAUUCUCACAAAUAAAAUUUAUUAAGAUAAUUGAGCAAUGUCUGUCUUUAUUUUUCUGCAUAAAAACAAGAGAUCUGAUGUCAAUUUUCAUACUGCUUUAGCAUGGCUGAACAACUUAGUAAAGGACCCGAAAACGGGGGGAUAGCUAAGUCGGCUACUGGAAAGCAAGGUACAAAACGAAAAUUAGAUCCCAAAACUUUAGAAACAAAAUAUAACGCCAUCAUCGAAUGUGAAAAAGGUCUGAAAUCAAAAACAGAAAUCGCUAAAAUGUUUGAUGUUCCAAAAAACACGCUCUCUGGCUGGAUAAAAAAGUCAGAGUCGAUCAAGGAGGGUUACGCUAAAUUUGGUCCAAAACGACGAAAUAUGAGAACGGGCAACUACGAAGAAUUAGAGUCAGCAUUGUUACGUUGGUUCACUCAGGUUCGUGAUCGCGAUAUCAGCGUUACGGGGCCAAUCCUGCUUCAGAAAGCCAGCUUCUUCGCCGAACAACUAGGUAUCGACGACUUCAAACAAUCUACAGGGUGGCUCGAUAGGUUCAAGGAGCGAAAUAACAUUACAUUUAAGACUGUUAGUGGUGAAGCAAAAUCCGUUGAUCAGAAUGAGGUUGACAAGUGGUCAGUGACAUUAAAGUCUAUUCUCAGUCAGUACGAGCCUCGUGACAUCUAUAACGCCGACGAAACAGGCUUGUUCUUCAAACUCACACCAGAUAAAACUCUGGAAUUUAAGAAUGUGAAAUGUGUAGGUGGUAAACGUAGCAAAGAGCGGAUUACAGUUUUAGUUUGUGCUAACAUGACAGGUGAAGACAAAGUUCCAUUGUUUGUGAUAGGUAAAUCAAAAAACCCUCGGUGUUUCAAAAACGUUAAAACUCUCCCAUGUAAGUACGACUUCAAUACCAAAGCAUGGAUGACGGGUGAUAUCUUCAGUGACUGGCUCCUUGAGCUUGAUAAACAAUUUCAAAUUCAGAAACGUAAAAUCACGAUGGUUGUUGACAAUUGCCCGGCCCACCCAAAAGUGGUCAAGGGUCUACGGAACAUUGAGCUAGUGUUUCUUGCUCCCAAUACAACAAGUGUGACACAACCGAUGGACCAGGGUGUAAUCAAGAAUCUGAAAGUUAAGUAUCGAAAAAUGAUCAUCAAAAAACAAAUCCGAUCCAUGGACAACAACACCGAAUUCACAGUGACAGUGCUAGACGCUUUACGGUAUCUCCGACGAGCGUGGUCCCAGGUGAAACCAGAAACAAUCGCCAACUGCUAUUCUCACGCCGGGUUCCGACUGAGUGAAAUCACUCCACCAGCCGUUUCCGUGGUCGACGACGACGACGAUGAUGACGACGUUCCGCUAGCAACUCUAGUGGAACUUUACAAGAUCCAGCAGGAUGAGAUGGACUCAUACAUCAACAUAGAUCUAGAUAUUCCAUUGUGCGCUGAGGUAACUGAUAGUGACAUUGUGAAUGAUUUGAUUAUGGCUAGAAACUGUGAUGUUAGUGAACCAGAAAUCGACGACGACGAGCCAGCACCAACACCGCCACCGUCUCUGUCUGACGCUAUGAAAGCGUGUGAAACACUCACUCAGUUCUUCGAGUGCCAGGACAAUUCCAAUCACGAACUCAGUCUCAUGUGUUCUAUGUACAAAUCUCUCUCGAAAUUAGAGUUCAACAAGCGUUCGGCGGUUCAGUCCUCCAUCAAGGAUUUCUUCAAAAAAUAAACUGUAUAAUGUACAUGACUCACUGAUAUUGUAAAUAAACUGACGUACAGCAUGCUCAUUAAUGUUAUGUAUUGAUUUCAAGUGUCCAUUUAUAGCCUAUAUCUACAUGUGACGUCAUUUAGUACUUCUGUGUAAAUGUCCGUGAAUUAAUUGUUUAACAUGUUUAUAUUUGAUAGUGUUUGUACUGG